AAACCAUAUAAACAUGCCAUUAAUUUCGAAAUGGACUGCCAAAAGACAAUUCUCACACAAACUUAUUCCAUCCCUACCAACCGCUCAUAAGCCGCCACGUCCACGGAACCGAAGAAAAUCUGACCCGGAAGUUUCUCGAAAUGGUAAGAGUUUCGUGUGGGUUCCCUCUCCCACUCCCUCUCCUCAUCUUCCCAACCUCCCCACCCUAUAAAUUCCCCCAAGGAACCUUCUAGAACCACCAUAAACGAUUCCCCCCUUCAUUGCUCCAACCCAACUCUCUCCCUCUACUUUCCUCUCUCUCGCUCUCUCUCUAUCUCUCUCUCAUCGUCUUCCAAAUUUCCAUGUCAAUUUUCCUCUAACGUUAGAGGUGCGGCUUUCGAUAUGGCUCCGACGCCGGUGGAGCCGACCGGCGAGUCCACGUCCAGCGAGUCGUCGCAGCGAGCUCUUCCGACUCCGUUUUUGACCAAGACGUAUCAGCUCGUCGACGAUCCCUCAAUCGACGACGUCAUCUCAUGGAGCGACGACGGAUCCAGCUUCGUCGUCUGGAACCCCACCGUCUUCGCCAGAGAUUUGCUCCCCAAGUACUUCAAGCACAACAACUUCUCCAGCUUCGUACGGCAGCUCAACACCUACGGAUUUCGGAAGGUUGUGCCGGACCGAUGGGAAUUCUUGAACGAUAGCUUUCGGAGAGGCGAGAAGCGGCUUCUCUGCGAAAUACAACGCCGGAAAAUCAACCCUCCGGCGCCGCCGGUGGCGUCGGUUUGGGCGGUUCCGACGGCAAAACCGAUUAUUUCCCCGGCGAACUCGGGCGACGAGCAGGUGAUAUCUUCGAGUUCGUCGCCGAUCAGAGCAUCGUCGGAGAUUAUGGACGAGAACGAGAGGCUGAGGAAAGAGAACAUGCAGCUCACCAAGGAGCUGGUGGAGCUGAAGUCCCUCUGCAACAACAUCUUCACCAUGGUAUCGAAUUACGCUUGCGCCCAAUCGGAGAGCGGUUUCCCGGAGCUAAAACCGCUCGAUUUGAUGCCCGGGAAGCGUUUCCCCGGAAAGAGGGAGCACGAAGAGGAAGAAGAGGCGAGUCCGAAACUUUUCGGGGUGGCGAUUGGGGCCAAGCGCGCGCGAGAGGCCCGCGGCGAUGGCGUAGAGAACGAUGAGACCAACUUGCGGCUUCAGCAACCGAGCGCUAGCGAGGUUAAAUCAGAGCCGUCGGAUAUUGGUCAUAAGGAAACGCCGUGGCUGAAGCAGUGCCACAUGGCUAAUCAGAGGGUGUGCAAUUGAUCAUAAGUUAGAAGCAACGGUAGAUAUUAUAUAUAUUAUAUGGAGUUGUAAUAGAAGAACCAGGAUUGAGGCACGUGUUAAAAAUGGGUUCACGUGCGUAGUCAACCUCCAGGGGCCCAUUCCCUUCAAGAAGUUUCUUAGACUUUCUACUCUUUUAGCUUUAUGAAUUUUGGAAAUAACACUUUUGUUUUGUCCUCCGCC